UUGCGUGGCGGACGCGCCGUGGAGCGGCAGGGGUCAGCCGCCGCCUCCCCCGCCCGGCGGCUCUACGCCGUUUGCGUAGCGUGCCCCAAGAUGGCGUCGCGGUCGUCGUCGUCGGCGGUGGCCGGAGCGCUGGCAGCGGCAACGGAGUGGCUGGAAGUGAAGGGAGGGAUGAGGCGGGCGAAAGGCGGCAGCGCGUAGCGGGCGGCUCCCGGCCUGCGGGAGACAGAGCGAGACCGAGAAAGAGACUGUCGCGGGCAGGCGGCCCCCCUCCGUCCCCCCCUCCCCGUCCUUCCCCGCCCGCCCCUCACGGGAGCCCCGGCGGGUCCUUCCCGGCGCCGCCGCCCUCUAGGCCGCGGGCUCCGCCGUCCUCCGGCCUGUCCCCCCGCCCCGGGCCGCUCCCCCCACCCCUCGGAGCGGAGGAUGAUGAAGCUCAAGUCCAACCAGACGCGCACCUACGACGGGGACGGCUACAAGAAGCGGGCGGCCUGUCUCUGCUUCCGCAGCGAGAGCGAGGAGGAGGUGCUGCUGGUUAGCAGUAGUCGUCAUCCUGAUCGAUGGAUUGUCCCUGGGGGUGGCAUGGAGCCCGAGGAGGAGCCCAACGUGGCUGCUGUGCGAGAAGUCUGUGAAGAGGCUGGAGUGAAAGGGACGUUAGGAAGAUUAGUGGGAAUUUUUGAGAAUCGGGACAGGAAACACAGGACAUAUGUUUACGUACUUAUAGUCACAGAAGUGUUGGAAGACUGGGAGGACUCUGUCAAUAUUGGAAGGAAAAGGGAAUGGUUUAAGAUAGAAGAUGCCAUAAAAGUUCUGCAGUAUCAUAAACCAGUGCAGGCCUCAUAUUUUGAAACCUUGAGGCAAGGUUGUUUGGCAAACAACGGCACUCCUGUCAUGACCACGACGUACUCUGAGAGCUCCAUGUCUGACAUCAGAUGACUGAAGAUGUCCCUAGGAGAGAAAUUUUGAAAAAUAGACUGAAACAUGGAUUUCCCUCCCCCCUCCCCUUUUUCACAUGCCUCCUCUAUCAGACAAGGCAUGGGCAGCAGCCUGUGGCAGAGCAAGUGUUGAGAGUGCUGCAAUUUAGUGCAAGGUGGGUUUUUUUUUUUGUUGGCUUUUUUGGCUUUUUUUUUUUUUGGAUAUGUAUUUUGUAAAAUACAUUUUGUGCAUGAAGUGCCCCUUUCCCAUUACACUGCUUCCAUGGCCUGGCGAGCGAGGCUGCCAGUUUCGCCUCUGCCUUGUGUUCUGAAGUGUCCCGUUUGUGUCAUCCCAGCCAUAGCCACUUUUUUUUAAUUAAAAGACUUCAAAUGUGAGAUCAGCUCUUUAAGUCUUAGUCUGUACUGUAAGGUGCUGUUCAGACCUGUGUGGUGGUCACUUUCAGCGCAUAUGUAUAAACUUUUUUUAGAUGGAGAAUCUAACAUUUUAAUUUUGCGGGAAUUUUUUUAAUCCUGGUCUGCUUCUGAAAAGAAGGGUUCAUAAUUAAUCUGUUUGCCUUUUGUUCUGUUUUUUUAAAAAAAUACACGUUCUGUGACAGUGCUAGUGGCUGGGCCAGUUUACUCCCCGUUCAGUAUCUCCUGAUUUAGUGCAGUGACACUUAAGUUGAGGGCAGAGUUUUGAUCACCUGCAGACACCCCUGCUGCUCCGUUGCUUCUCCUACAGCUUCCGCCAAUGUUCCUGCAUUUACAUCAAAACGAAACAGAAAGCAGUUGGUCUUUUUAACACUUGGCCAAAAAUAAAUAGCCUCGGAAACGCUACGAUAGAUACUGAAUUUCAUUGUCUGUGGUAGGAAUCAGGGAUUCAAAGUGGGGUCAAAGUCUGACAAACUGGAGCAUCAAUCACCAAUGCUGUUCUGCUGAUCCUGCUGCGUUCUGCUGAUGUCUCUUCUUGUCCACAUGCCUUAUACCGUGCUGAACUGGAUACUUGUAAUUUGUGCUAAAGCAUCGGAUUGUACUUGCUGAGUGUUACUGCACGAACCCUCGGUUGGAUAACUGUGUGUGUCCUUGAAAAGAAGUCCUGGGGGAAAAAUUCAGGUGUUCAAUCUCUUGUCCUGUGAUUCUGCUACACCUAAGAUUGCACCGUGGAGCAUGCUCACAAUCUUUAAACUCUCCCUCCGUGAAAGGUACAGCUGACUCCCGAGCAGAAUUGCUAGUUGGAGAAGUACACCGUUUAAUAGGAUAGUUCCCCUGAUGCAUUGGCACACUUCACAUGAUUUUUUUUGUUGUUGUUUUUAUUGAUGUAAGUUUCUUGCUGUCUUGAUUUGCCAAGUGUUGUCUAGUUGGGAAAUAAAAUGGGAAGGGUUGGGACUGGGGGGUGGGUUGGGACAGGUACAAGUUUUGGGAGGGGCAUUAAUUAAUCCCUGGCUUGGGACAAGAAGUAGUUGCUGAAUUCAGUAACUUCUCCUUUGUCAGAGCAUAGCCAAGAUGUGAAAUUAAAUCUGCAGUACUCUUUUUUUUUUUUUUCCUUUUUUUUUUCCUCCUCUUUAUUUAACAAAAAAUAUUCUAAUAAAUACUCACUGUUCCAGAGUUUUCUCUCUUCCCGAGCAGCGCUUACAAUAUGAAAAUCUGAUAGAAAUAUCCAUGGAGCCUGGGACAGGGGGGAAUGGUAUCCUUGCUGCUUUGGCAAGAAGCUGUUCAUUUCAAGAUCCUGUUCUGUUCCUUUACUUGUUCUCCUUGCUUUCAUCAGUGUGGAGUAGCAAGGCCAAAAGCAGUGCCAGUGAUCGCUAACAUGAAAAACCACGCAUAAGAAAAAGCUGAGAGGCAUUAUUCAAGAAGUAGCUUGAAACCGAGCGUCUGGAAUUGAGCCUAAAUUACACCAGUUCAGUUCACUUCAACUUAGAGACGAAUGUACAAUACUCUGUGCUGAUCGGCCUGAACCAAACUCUCAAAAGGGCUUGAAUGUUGUAUCUGGAAGCGUACAAGAAAUGCAGACAGUCCGCUGUUAGCGAGCCGUGAGUGGCACCUAACACAGCCAUCUACUGCCUUCAACUGAGGUUUUGUCUUUACUGUACAGAUUAGUACGUUGAAAAUGCUUUGUGACAAAACAGCUGGUACUCCUGAAAGAGUAACUGCAGUUUUAAUAUCAACAGCAUGCACACUUUUGUUUUUAAACUAAAAAUGUUUUUACAGGGCUGUUAAACUGACAAUUUAGGGUAGAAUAUUGUUAAUGACUUGCUAAUGGCUUAUUUGUUUGGGUCAGAAAAAUAAAUUGUGCCAAGAAAGUGUUUUAAUGUGGCAUGAAUUGAUGCUGUUAACACAGUAACAUCCAGCGGCUGGUGUUAUGCCUUCUUAACUGGAAAUAGCUCCUGGGGUAGAAAUAGCCUUUAUUCAUCAGAUGCGGAUUUCAAAACAGGCCUUAGUCCUGUGCUACCAGAAUCUCUCCCCACACCACACGAAUUCCCGUCUUCCUCAGCAUCUGAGGUUCUUCUCUAGUAACUGGUGUAGCUGCGUGCCCUUGCAGUUUAAGCCACUUUUAUCCAAAAUGAUGUUAAAUUGGUUUGGGACCGACAAUCAAACUACCUUUAUCAGUUGCAAAAGAGUUGUUCUAAGGACGGCGCGUGCUCUGGGUUUCACUGUACAGGCUGGUGCCUGCUUGAUUAGACUGCCUAGGGCUGCUGUCGUGACCAACUGCUAAAAACCCUGUAGGAUUAGACUCGGACUUCCAGCGUUGCUAAAACUGGUGCUAUAUUGAGCUAAUGUUGGAGAUUGUGGGAUUCUUACCUCAAAAGAUUUAGUGUCUAGCCUGACCUCUUAAAUAGAUCAUUACCCUGUGUCUCCACUUCCCGUCUAAGAAUAAUAUUCUUAGUUUGGCUUUGAUCUUACUCGGCGCUGCUGUAGUCAUAGGUAAAACAGAGGAAUACCAGUGCUUCAUUUAGACAUCCUGCACAUUUGCAGCAAAUCUGUCAAGUCACCCUCAAGUUGCAGGUUUCGGGUGCUUGUCUUGGUUCUCUGAAAGCCAGUUUGGGAUAAAUGCCAGGCGUGUGGAUGAUGCACAGCCUCCGACUCGGAGGGGCUGGUGUUAAUUACCUUUUGGCACACCUCUGAGCCCUGGGGUCUCAGGGAAAAACCUCAAGUGUCCUCUGCAACUUUUAGGGGUGGGGUAAUUUUGCUAAUAAGGUUACUUUUUCUCUUGCUGCUUUUCAUAUAUGUACUUAUGGAACACACAAGGACACCUCACUCUCGAUACAUUAUGAAGCAAGUCUGCCUGCAAUGAAGAAGAGGGGGAAAAUCGUUGGCCCUUGAAACACUCAGGUACUGGAUUUCUCUGUGCAUCUAAGUGUCACCUCAGGGUUGCAAGACAAGUGACGAAGUAAGAGGAAGAGGGACACCCACUGCUCAGCGCAGGGAGGUUCUCUGAACAGUUCCUGCUCUUCAGCAUCAAUUCGCUUCCUCUGGUGUUGUCAAAAUCGGAAAUCCUCGUAUAGUGGAGUUGCAUACUGCCGUCUGGAUUUUUAAACGUAUUUGAGACCUUAAUGGGAGAAGGGACGUGUGUUUGGCACUUAGAUGUCACCGCGUAGCAUGAUUAUCUUUUAAUCCUCAAAAUACUUACAAAAAUCUGGAUGUCUGUCACUGGAAGCGUUUGACGGACCAACUUGGAUGACUGCUGUGGCACAAAAAUGUUAGCUGGUGGUUUAAGCCGAUGCUGGUAUCCUGGCGUUUGUUGAUUCCAGCAUGGGAGCGGGAAAAAAAAAGGAAGACACACCUGGGGUACCAGUGUCUCCAGUGGCUGCUGCUUGAUCCUCCCAGCAGGACUUGUCAGAUCCCAUACCUUUCUGGUGAUCUUAACUGAUGUGUAAAGCUCAAGAGGCAGGUGGACAUCCCUCUGCAGAAGAGUGCUAAGUGUAAUUAAACUUAGUGGAGCUGAAAUAGUAGGUAUCGAGCUCUAGGAAGUCCCUUUCAGGUGAGGUUUUGGUGUGGUGCAACUGGGAUUUUGAUGCAUUGGUUAACAUUGGGUUAGAAAUUGUGUGCAGCAGAAAACGUGCAACCACCUUUGUCUCAAAGUGGUUACUGUAAGAUGGGUUUUCGGUGUCAAAUUUGACUUUGCUACUUUGCUCAUGCUGAGGCUUUUCAAAGGCACGUCUCAAAAGGAAGAACCUUUUUUCAGUUAAAAGUAACAAGUACCAUUUUCUAUUUGGUGAAGCUUUCCAGGAUUUAAUAGGUGUGCCACACGGCUGUGUGUGCUGGUAUCCCUGCCUGGCUCUGCGAGGCUGUAUGUGACGCUGCCGGGCCCAGGAGGUGACGCCUUCUCCUGGGAGAUGCCUAGAGAAGAGUGAAAGGAGGGUGGGUUUUUUUUUUCCCGUUCUCCCUGAAAUCUGGCACUCAGUGCUGUUAAAGGACUUUUGGUUGCUUUACAGAGAUGGAUUGUUUAAUUCUAGACAAUAGCGCAUUGGUGAUGGAGAAACUCGGUAUUGUUACCAAGCCAGGGGCUUUGGAUAAAGGACACCUCCUUUAUCUUUGCACAGUGUUUCUGCUUCUUACCAGCACUGGCCGAGUUUUGUGCUCGCUACGGUCAGCCAGAGCUGCUGUGGCAGAGCUCAGCAAACCCUUGCUCAGAACUGCAGUGACUUCUUAGAGGUGGGAGUGUUUGGCUUGCAGCUCCAGGCGUAUCAUUUGGCAAAACCUUCCUUUGAGUUAAUGGCUACUUUGCAAACUAAAAAUGAGAUUUUUUUUCAAAUUAAAAAUGCGUUAGACUUUGAACUGUAAAAACUGUCAGUCGGAGGCAGUGACAGCUGAGAGGGGGCAGGACGUGGUGACAGUUUCUGACCGGCUGCUGUGCCAUGAGCGCCGGAGAGGGUAAAUACUGCUUGCUCAUGGUUUUGAACUCUCAGAACAAGGUGUGUAGCCCCUGAUUGGUUUUACAGCUGAGAAGUCUUGAGACGAAUCUGACAAAGAGAGGGUGUCGGAGUGAGGCUGUUCAGUCAGUGUAGGGCGGUGGCAUCACGUGUAGCAAAAAGGUAAUUCAGAGGUUGCUCCCUUUUUUGUGUUUAAUGCUGUUAAACAGAGCUGAAGUUGUAGACUGCUGUUGCUGAUAAACUCCGCUGGCCAGUAACUGUUAUUAAAACCAAAUAGAAGGGGAUAAAAACUGGGGCUUUAAUGGCGGGGCACUUUAUAGGGAGUUUUUUUAAGCUGCUGCAUGGAUCAGAUGGGGGCUGUAUAUCUGGUUUGUUAAACUCUUGCUGUUUCUUCCCCCAUCCCUUGCUCACGUUCAGUACGGUAAGAUGCAAGAAAUACUUGGGAGUGGCCGUUGGUUCUUGAUAGUAAUCCUGCUGUGAUUUAACCGAGUUGUUCUGUGUAUGUUACGCUAUCAGAAAUUAUUAGAUUUGCAGGUAAAGGGAGCCCAGUCAGGGCUCUCCUCAGGUAGCACCUCUUGCCUCGCUUUUCCACAGGAAGGUGGCACGGACAGGGGAAUGCACGUGCCGGCUCUCUGCAUCUUUCCAGAAUACAUCCCUUGGGAUUUGUUUCCUUUUUCUUCCAUCCUGGGGACGUGGUCCCUUAGCAUGUUGGUUUGGUUCCAGCUUUGCAAGGCAGGUGCGUUCUGCAGCACGCUGAGUGGUGCUGGCGGGGAAGGAGCGGAGCCUCACCGGGGGGUUGUACCUCGGAGCUCCUCCACCCGCGGGUGGCUGCCGAGGGCGGCACCCGGACAACCUGCUGCACCUCCUCCGAUGAUGGCCUUUGGCCUCGCUGCUGUGGAGGAAGGCAAGAGCUCCGGUUUGGGGGCUGGAAAGGAGCUGCAGUUCAAGCGUUCACAUCAGCGUUUUUCACUCAGCAGAUGGACGUCGUGUGCACUUCCCAGAUUUCUGUUGAGCAAGAAGGCAGUUUAAUUCAGCGUGAUCUUGAAUGUGCCUUAAAGCAAACUCGGUAAACCGAAAAAUAAAAGGGAUCGGAAUCUGCUAGUGUUGCUUUUUCCCUUGUGCAUACACAAAGUAUUCAGUGGCUAAAAAUGUGGGUAGGGAAUGUCAGGAAUCCUCUGGUCCCUUCCCAGAUCUAGCCCGGACUUCGGGCCUCUGCCUCAGCUUUUCCACACAGAAAAUGUGUUACACCAUUUUGCAACAUGGUGGUUGCUCCAGAAGAGCAAAAGAUUUGAAGCUGCAGAGAUCGAAUGUUUACUCCUCCCAAUUAUAACAACUUCAGAUUCUCUUGCUCGGUCUCAGAAACACUGUUUUAUCCCAAAUGUGCUUUUCAGACAGCCAGAUGCAGUGUUUGUACCUGUGCAAAGCAUCCAGUGAGAGGUAGCGUGGGUGAUCUGGGAGUUUUGUGAAGGAUAGGUCUGAAUAUUUAACUUUCCUGGAGUAGAAGCUACAGCUGGCGCUGACUUUCGGGAGAGGAUCAAAAGCUGUCAGUCUCUUUAGCCAAACUUGGACCAAGAAACAUAUUUGUUGCAGACCCUCAUUGGUGUGAAGAGCUCUUAUCUCGUAAAGAUACUCAACAAUGUUGUAUAACUCACCGACUGCUCUGGUCCUGCUUUUAAAAGACUUGGUUUUCCCUCCUGGCUCUGUUCUUCCAGCUUAAUAAGAUAGCAUCAUCUAGUGGCUACAUCACAGCCUGGGGAUGCAGGUGACCUUGCUUCUGCUCUGUUCUCAUUGCGGCUCCGUGUUAGAGACUAUAACUACAUACAUACAGACAUAUAUAUAUAUAUAUGUUCCUUACUUUUCUCAGUGUUAAAAUGAAUUUAAUACAAUUAGAGAGGACUCUCGGCUUCCGUGGUGGAAGGUGGCAUGUAGAUAUGUGUAGUGUCUUACCGGGUGUAGUGUCAUGAGGUCUGUAUGUAAUUGAGAGGUGUAGAUGGGUGAAAAAGAACACUUAACUCGAUUGAAGGUGUAUUUAGGAGAAUUAUAAAAUCUUUUUGGUGCUAGUUAAUUGGGUUUUGGGGUUUGUUUUGUGUUUUUUUUUUUUUUUUGUGGGAAAGUGAGAAUUUUGAAGUUAUACUUGAGAAAUUGGCUCUAGCAUUGCCUCAGAUUAAUCUUGGGAGGUCCAAGAGUGUUUGCUGAACUUCCUGUAUGUUCUAUUUUCUAUUUAUUAAAUCAGAAGAUCUGGAACGAUC